GGCCGUUGGCUUGGCAUGCCUCAGACAUUUUGAGCAAUGGAAGAACUGCACACUUAUUUUUGAGGGAGUCAUUGUCAGAGUCUUUAUCUGCUAUCCCUCUUUUCAAAGGCAAAUGGUUGGAGAAGAUAAUCUUCAGCUUCUUCAAGGAAGUACUUCAACAGCUUCAGGGAAAUCUGAACGGACCAUGGACAUAUAUGGAAGGAGAGGCUCCUUUCCACACUCAUCUCUGAAUGCUCUCACUUGGGAAUGACCUUAACUGUGAUAUCCUGUCUUAAGAAGUUGUUUUGAACCCCGGGAAAUCAGGGCUCAUGAAAGAAAAUUUAUGAUUGGGAAGGAAGAGCUGUGUUACCCAAACUUGAGCUUUCCCCAUGGAUGAGUCAAACAUAACGUUUCAUCCCAGCGAAGGCCCAGAGAACAUCUCAAUGCACAGAAACAUUUCUACACAGGAAAUGGUCUGGGAGAUAUUGACCCCACUUUGGGUAAUUAUGAUCAUCUCCUUCCUGGGUUUUUGUGAAAAUGGAAUUGUCCUCUGGUGCCUCUGCUUCCAGAUCAAAAGAAACCCCUUCACUGUGUACAUCACACAUCUGUCCAUUGCUGAUAUCUCCUUGCUGCUUUGUACAUUUAUUCUGUCAGUUGAGUAUAUGGCUGGUUUUGAAUUCUCAUAUGGUGUUUACUAUUAUAUAACCACCACACUAUCUAUUGUCUUCUUUCUUGGAUAUAAUACUGGUCUCUAUCUCCUGACAGCCAUCAGUAUUGAGAGGUGUCUGUCUAUUGUUUACCCCAUCUGGUACCGAUGCCACCGGUCACAGCACCAAUCGGCAAUUGUAUGUGCAGUUCUGUGGACUCUGUCUUUUCUGAUGACAGUAGCUGAACACUUAACAUGCAAAGAUGAUUUAACAAAUGAACAAUUUGAUGAUGCCAACCAUUGCCAAGCAGUGCUCAUCUUCAUGUGGAUCUUGACUUUCAUGAUCUUCAUUCCCCUAAUGAUUCUGUCCAGCCUGAUUUUGGUUAUUAGGAUUCAUCGUAACUCCUUGAGACCUCAUUCAUCAAAGCUCUACAUCAUCAUUGUGGCCACAAUCAUUGUCUUCCUAAUUUUUGCCAUGCCUAUGAGGCUGUUGUAUCUUCUGAAUUAUCACCACCGGUCAUCUUUGCUCGGCCAGCAGAACCACGUCACCAUUGUUCUCUCCACCGUUAACAGCAGCAUCAACCCCCUUGUUUACUUCUUUGUAGGAAGCAGCAAGAAGAAGAGGUUCAAGGAAAGUCUCAAAGUGGUUCUUAGUAGAGCACUUGCUGAUGGCUUGCGGCCAAGAAGCCAGGAAGUUGGCACCAGCUUGGAUAUAGCUGAAACAAUUUUCUAAACCCUAAGGAUGAAACUCUAGGGGCAAAUAAUUGGACCUGCAAGAUUUAAUAAAAUGCUGCAAAACUAAAAGAUUAUUUGUCUUCCACAGAAUGUAAAAGGCAGUGGUGAAAUGGUACUGUUAUCUUUGGUGGUUGAGCAAUGGAAAAAUAUA